CAGGGAGACUUGAUUGCUGAUAUAAAGAGAUCAAUGUAGCGAAGAUGAGUGGUGAAGGUAAGGAUCAUGAAGAAGAAGAUGAAGCACUUCCUGGAUUUAGAUUUCAUCCAACGGACGAAGAGCUUUUAGGUUAUUAUCUUCGAAGAAAAGUAGAGAACAAACCCAUCAAACUCGAGCUUAUUAAACAGGUCGAUAUCUACAAGUUCGAUCCUUGGGAUCUCUCUCUGAGCAGCGUCUGGGAAAAGGAAUGGUACUUCUUCUGCAUGAGAGGCAGGAAAUACAAGAAUAGCGUUAGACCAAACCGAGUCACCGGCUCAGGUUUCUGGAAAGCCACCGGUAUUGACAAACCGGUUUUCUCCAAUCUUGAAUGCGUUGGUUUAAAGAAAUCUCUGGUUUACUAUCUUGGCUCCGCCGGCAAAGGCUCCAAAACCGAUUGGAUGAUGCAUGAAUUCCGCCUCCCUUCCACCACAAAAACCGACUCAACGGCUCAACAAGCAGAGGUCUGGACACUAUGUAGAAUCUUCAAACGAGUCACACAUCACAGAAACCCAAACAUCAUACAACCAAACCGUAAACCGGUUAUCACCUUAACCGAUUCAUGUUCUAAGACGAGCAGCUUAGACUCCGAUCACACCAGUCACCGAGUAGUAGAUUCCUUGUCCCACAAGCUACACGAGCCGCAGCUUCAGCCACAGACGCAGAAUCCUUACUGGAACCAACUUACUACGGUUGGUUUCAAUCAACCAACGUAUACUUGUCAUGAUAACAACUUCCUGAGUUUCUUGAACACCAACGGUGGAGAUUUUAUUGAAGACUCAGCAAGUUGGGAUGAACUUAGGUCUGUUGUAGAUGGUAACACUAAACACUAAUAAUAAUUUUGUUUGGGAGCUAAAACAAAUAGUUGUUCUUUUUUCAUUGUUACCUUUUAGUUCUAUUAAAAAAAUUGUUUGGUUUGUAAGAUAUUACUAGUAAUAUAC